UCAGUUCGAGGGCUGCUGUAUACAACAAUAGAUUCAAAUUAAAAUAAUUAAACCAAAAUAAACACAUUUAGUUUUAUUUAAACCAAUGAACAAGUUUGCUGUUGUGUCUGAGAAAAAUAUUACAAGAAAAAACAAAAAAUGGUCCAAAAUUUUGAAGAAAAGGCAGUAACGUGUAAAUGGGAACGAUAUUUCUUCCCGUUCGCAAUUUCAUCUUUUUUCGGCAUGGAGUUGUACAUCGUGUUCAAAUGGGAUCGACCCUCCUCAAAACUGGUUGUAGCUGCGCUCUUUGUAUACGUUAUUGCAUUGUACUUUACAAUCUACAAAAUGGAGUUGUUUCGAAACAAAUAUAAAGCUCACAUUGCUCUGUUUGUCUUAUACGAAACAGGGCAUAGUCUAAAUGUGACGGUCAUAAUGAAGCUUCUUCCACUUCUCCAAACAGAUAUCAUUUCGUGUAUAGUUUUCAAUCUAUUAUGGUUUUUCUUAAUUUCGUAUCUGGUAAUGAACAUUGUCAAUCAUUUGCAAUUAAUUUAUUGGAACAUUUAUGAGAUUGAAGAAAAAUCUCUUUGGAAAACUGCCGUAAUGAGAAGAUCACUUCACGCAACAUUGCCCAUCAUGUUAUAUGCAAUACCAAUUCUUAAUAUAUUUAAACCACUUUCCGGGAUUGACGAUUACGCCCUAGCUCAUCUUGCUAUCACUUAUUUUUUCUUUCGCUUUUGUUCACGUGAGGGAAAAGAAGCAUCAAUAGAGACCAAAAUUACCACCUUCAUCCAGAAUUAUGGGCCAAAUAUCAAUUGGACAUUCUUCGGUUACAUAGUUGUUAUAUCAGGUUCUGUUCGAAUAAUUCUAGUGUUACUACUUGGAUUUGAUAUAUAUCUAUUCGAUAGAGAAAUCGAUCCCGCUCUGCUCUUUGAAUUGCAUUUAGCUUUGAAAACGUUUCUUUUUGUGAUUCUCGGUAUUAUAUUUGCAUAUUUUUUCUUUUCUAUCCAAAAUCACCAAUUUUUAUUAAUCAAACCAUUGUUUUUCAUAGCUCAAGACUACUUUCUGAAAUGUCACAUGGAUUACACACCCAAUAUUGACCCUAAAAAAGUACUGUCUGGAAUUUUCUUUGAUGAAGAGGAGGAUUUUCAAAUAAGAGAAGAAAAAAAUGCCGAAGCGAAUAGUGGAAUAGAUGAGAAGCAAGCAAACGAAUCACAAAAUGAAGCGCUUGAACUUUCAUCAAUUCUAGUGUUGAACGUUGUGGAAACAAUCAAAACUCCAUAGAUAUAGGUGUAAAAGUAUUUAUU